AUGGCCGCUGCGAGCUUGUCGCUUAUUGCGCCUGUGUGCUACAAUCAUCCCGAGAAGCGAGCGGAUUUCAAGUGUUUUGAUUGCAAAUAUGGUGAGUUCAUCUCCUAAAAUUCCUUUCUGUAAGCACAUUUGGAAAGAUUUGUUUUCCACUAGAGUUCUAUGUACCUGUAUCAAUGCAAACAAAGCGUGUAAACAUGUUAUGGUGUAGAAAACACAUGGCACGUGAUUUGCGCCCGGUAAAGAUUAUAAUGACAGUAGUAAUAACGAGUACAAUGUUAAAGAGGGAUAAAAAAAACAAACAAAUAAACAAAGAAAAACAAAUUGACAAUAAAAUGUUAGACUUAUUACUUAACAUCUUCGCGCCUAGAAAUUAAGCUUCAACAUUAGUAAAGAAUUUAGACUUGAACCAAUAUGCAUGAAAGAUGUAAGCCUUCUGGGUAACUUACCAUGACACUGUACCUGAAUGCGAGUAAAUAAGGUCAACAGACUAACUCUUUGUUACAUGUCGCUCAACGUUUUGCAUCAUCUUUUAACUGACAAGGUUUCAGCUUCAAAUGUAGAUGUAUGAUCUUGUUGUACAGCCAAAUUACCCUCUGGAUUUUGUAAUUCUUUAGAGACACAUGCUCAGGUCAACACUUAUCUCAUCAGGUUUUUAAAAUCUGAAUGGCUGUUGACACAAAAAAUUUAGAAAAGUAUUAUCCAGAAUCUGUCUGGUUGGUGAUCUGGGAUAUGACUUUUGCCAUCUAAGCAUAUAUUUAAUCCAUUUAAACUUGGUCCUUUAGGUUGUAAACAAUUGCAAGGUUGAUUGAAGCAGGAUUAACUAGUGCCAACAUGGAUUUAGUAGAUGUAUAUACUAUAUAUUUUGUACCUCUGUUUCAGGAUAAAUGUGAAAUCAGGAGACACUAUUUUAAUGAUAGCUACAUGUGUGUGAAUUAUGUGUUUUUUAUCUUACAGAGAGUAUUAUCUGUCUGUGUCCUCAAUGUAAUAUUCAAGUGCACAGCCUGGAUGUUUUCAAGGCACACAGAUAUGAACAGAUAGAAGUCAUGGUAAGGCAUCUAAAAUUUUUAUUACAGUAAUACAGUCAAACCUGUAUCAAGUUCCUUGGCAUUAAGCUUUUUUAUUUUGCUAAGUUCUGACAUUUUCACCUCUAUUAACCCUUUACCCCCUAAUAGUGUCUAGCAUCUAAUUUCUCCUUACAAUAUCACCCUUGAAUCAAACUUUAAGGUCAUGAGAAUUGAGGAAAUGAUCACCAACUUAAGCAGCUCUUGAUUAUUAUACAAAUUCUCUUUGUCAGCACCUCAGGAAAUGUUUAGUGAAUAGUAUGGAGAGUAUGGAUACUGAUGUUAGGGGGUAAAGGGUUAAGUGGUUGUGGUUGUGGUUACCCUUGACUGAGUCUCAAUGGCAUGUUUGUAUUGUCUUCUACUUGUAUUGAGCUGACACUUAAAGCUGGACCACUUGAAUAAAAUUAAGAGUAAUCUCUCAGCUGAAACAUAUUCCAAUUUAAUCUCCAUGAAUCAAUUUUAGUACUUUGAGUUUAAAGUCCUCAAUGCAUUACAGAACAUCUGUCUUUUUUGGACCUAUAGGACAAUUGUUAGAUACGAACAUCAUGCAAGUAAUUUGCAGGUCAACUUGUAUUAAGUGGUCACUUUGCCAAUCCCCAUGCAGGGCUAGAAAUAAAAUGUAGGUUUUGUCUGGUCAACUCCUUGGAUUGCCGGACAUUUUGUCUGGUUGUUCACUUACAUAAAGAGGAAGUAAUUCUGAGCUGAGUUCAGGUUUUAAAAAACAACAGAAUGAGUUAGGGUAAGGUAUCACUUUUCCUGAAUUAAGUUUGAGGCUGCAUGUACAAAAAAAGCAUGGUAAUAGGCUUUGCAUAUACUAUUACAAUCAAAGAAAUGAAAGAUGGGCAUAAUUCUUCCUUAGCAGAAACAACGACGAUUGUCACAAGAUGUCCAAGACAUCGAAAAGUACGUAUGUUAUUUUGUCCCCACAAAGGCUGUAGGCUCAGCAGUGUAUAGAAAAUCUUGUUUUUAUUAUUUUUAUAUAUUCAUGAAAUACUGGAAUUUCUUUUUUGAAAAGUAAACAUGCCAUUUGUAUGUUGAUAUGAAAAGAUUUUUCAUGUAUGUUGUCAUGGUAAUUGGAUUUAUCAACGUAGCAUUGUACUUCAAGAAGGGUUUACUUUUAUUCUUGUGAACAUCUCUUAGGUUUGAAUCAAUUUUUUUUUUUAGAGAAAAGCGUUUUUUUGUCUUGCAAAGAUGGAGAACUUUUCUGUUUCAUGACAUGCUAUUUUUCAACCAGGUUACUUGAGGUGGAGAAUGAAUUGCUUCAGAGUGUGCUUACAAGGUUAAAGUACACAGAAGAAGAAGAGAAGGUAUAAUUUUAUUUGUCUCUUAACAGAGUGACUGCCAGUAACGCAAGACUUGUUUUACAACUAGGUAGUUUGUCUUAUAUAUUAUUGUUUACAAACAGAAACCCAAAAAAUCCUCAAUGAUCUCACUCACUCUCAGCAACCCCCAUUUUUACAAACAAGUUGUGAUCAGCAUAAAUUAUCAGUAUUUAUCUUCCUCCCAGGUUUUGAAAAGAUAUGUACCUGUGGUUUAUGGCUUCCUUAGAUAAGUGAAAAAUUUAGGUGGCUCUGGACUGUAAUUAAUUUUGCUUGCAGGAAACCUUAAGCCAGUUGGUGCAAAUGCAAUCAGCUACCAAAAAGAGAGUUGCUGAAAUAAGAGGUUGUGCAGGAGCAGUUGAAAAAGCCUUUCAGUAUCUGGCAAAGGUAAUACAACUUCCAUUUUGAUAGCACUCUCUGCAAGAUUUGCAAUUGAAUAUACAUGUAAAGGUAGAUCUUUUUGUUAAGCAUGUAAUUACAGUAAGUCAAAAAUGAUCUGGUGAAUGUAUUUUUGACUGGGAAGAAAAACUUGCAAAUAAAUUUGAGAGCUGACAGUUUGUAGUAGUAGAUAGCUUUUAUUGUGGAUAUUAAAUAAAUUUGAAUAGGCUAGACUGGGUACAGGCAGGUUACAUAUAAGUCUUUUCCUUAAGAUUGAGCAAGUUGUUUAGCAUACAAGUCAUAGGACUUAGAUGGAGCCAAUGGCUAUGCAUCAUGCAUUUUAUUUGCAAAAUUAUUUUAGUACAUUACCAAUUAGGUAUCUGUGUGUGUUGUUUGCACUCAAGCAAGCAAGUAAUAAGUUUAUUUCUAGCUUUUAAGAAAGUUUUGUUUCCUUCCCACCCACAACAUUGACAGUUUUUAUUGUCUCUAUAUUUCAUUAGUGUUACUUUGUAAUUUAUUCCUGAUCACUUGACCAUUAUGUAACUGUCCAGUACCUUUGAUGUAAUUGUCUAGUGCUUUAUGUAUGCAGGAUAUGUACAUUUGAUAAACUGUCUGGUCCCAUAACAAGCCUCUAUUUGCAGUAGUGCUUAGGUUUAUUAAUUUUUUGCUCUGUGGUGUUAUUCACUUGGGAAUGCAUUAUCAAGUUUAUUUUUGUCCAAAUUUGUAUCUUUUAAUUUUUUAGGUGUCCAGCAUGCUAAUACAGUGUAGUACUCAAGAUGAAAGAAGUAGCAGCAAACUUAAUCAAGCUGUGGCAGGUGCUGAUACUGAUGCAGCAGUGCCUAUGGAGCAACCAGACAGCUCUGAGUCAAAUUCCCCCCAUCAGCCAACUCCUGUCCCUGUGCAGGAGACACCACUUGGCAGUGAAAAACAAGAUGUGCCUGAGGAACCUAAAGUUCAACUCAGUAAGGAGAUGGAAGGUACAGUUGACUCUUCAAUGUUUUAAUAUUGUUAUUUUCAAAUUAUCUGAGAGAGAGACUUAAUCAAGAGAUAGUGGAAUAAUUUUAUAUAUGUUAUUAAUUUUUUGAAGGCAAAGAUGUUUUCCCAGUCAGCAUAAUUGGAUCAUUGGCCAGAAAUGGAUCUUUUUGGAUUUCCAAGACAGGAGAACCAGCAAUGGAAACGAGGAAGGAGACUGCAAUGGCCUUAAAGUAUGACUACUUCUUUUACCCUUUGACUGCCAAGAGUGACUAACAUCUAAUUUCUCCUAACAAUAUUAACCCUGAAUCAAGCAACAAGGUCAUGAGAGCAAAGGAAAUGAUCACAACUGAAGAAGCACUUGACUGUUAAACAUAUUCUCCUUGCCAGUACCUCGAACACUGUUUAGAUGUAAAGAGUUAUUUCCUGAACUCCUAAUUCUACUAGAUGGUUCUUAAGUAGCCUCUUUCUUGGCUUUAAUUUCAGCCCUAGAUUCUCAAUCAAACUGCAAGGGAUAUCUGGAGAAAAUCAUUAUGGUUGAGAAAUAUAUGUCCUCAUACUCACAAUUGUCAACUGGAGCAAUAAGAGGAAAAACUAGAAUACUGUUUUAGUUUUCCAGUCACAUGUACAUGUAGAUACUCUAUAAAAUAUAUUUUGUUUUGUGUAUUUAAGCAGCAUUGGUCUUUGCUAGUAUUAUUCAUGAUAAGAAGCUUUUGUUUUUCUUCUAGUAAUUAUUUUAAAAAGCAUGGGUUUGGAAACCCUGUAGUACCAAAAGAAGGUUUAUUCUGUGCAGCUCUGAACAGGCAAAACAAGGAGUUCUGUCGUACCAGGGUUGAAAGUGUAUCUUCCCCUGAAAAGGUUAGAGUAUUACACUAUAUAUCGUUCAAAUGUGGACAUAUUGUACACUGUACAUAUGUAGUUUCCAAGAUUUUAUCUCUAGCCUUUGUUUAUCUCACAACUGAGUGCUUAAGAUUGGCUGUAUGAUAGGUGCCAUGUGCCAUGAAAUGUUUGUGAGUUUUAGUGUUUGGUGCAGUUUUAUGGUUUUACUUGAUCUGCAAAAGUAAGUUCCAAAAGAAAAAUAUAUGCCAUCAUAAAAUUAUUUACAAAUUUACCAUCUACAGUCCAAUGGAAAAACCCCAGGAGAGUUGGCCUUUUUUCCAUUUUAUUUUUGUUGUGAAAGUCCUCAUAUGAAGUAUGGUACCCUUUACUAGAAUUUACUAACAUGUUUGUCAUGUCUACAGUUAGUAUCAGUUCACCAAAAUAAAUGAUAAAAGUUGAACAUGCUACCUUUCCAAAGUAGGAAAUGCUCUGCCUCUUGAACAAAAAUCACACAAAUAAGUUCUGUGCAGAAGUUUUGGUCAUCUCAUGCAGCAACAAUUUAUUCUUUCAAAACACAAAAAAAUUGCCAAUUUGCAGGAUGAUAUAUUAUUAUGCAAUACAUAUCUAUAUAUUUUUGCACAGUUUUCUUCUUCUCAAGGAAUACACAAUGUGUCACUGUUGGAUUGUGAUUAAUGUUACUCGGUAGAUAUACUUUACAUGAUGAUGUCCAAUAGACUUGAAUUACAGCACUGCAUCUUAUUGAUGUUAUGUUAAUUUGCUGGCAUGGCCAGCUCAAAUUCACCCCCAUGUUGCACUGAGUCCACACACCAAGCUGCAGCUGUUUUAAGUCACCUCAGAGAGUAGAGCAAAAAAAUUAGUGACUAAAUUGGAUUUUGAUUUACUGGUGACCAAUUUAUGAUUACUAAUCACAAUUUCCCAUGGGGAGAUCAGAUAAUCCAAAUGGUUCUGGUGUCUUUAAAUGCUUGGAGUGGACUGCUUGUGGCAAUUGAAUUGAAAAUCUGUUGAAUCAUGGUGACUUGAGUCAUUUUCCAAUUUAAAGCUUACUUUGAAAGUUACUUAGCAAUAUAUUGAACAUACAUUUUGUUUAUUGUUUUUUUAGUGCAAGAUCCGAUUCCUUGAUUAUGGAUUUGUUGAGGAAUGUGCAUCUUCAGUUCUUUGUGAACUUUCUUGUGAAUUGGAUGAUAAAUUUAUCCUGUAUCAGGUAAGGUCUGACACUUUACAGGUAUAUUGGUGGACACAUUUUAGAUGAGUCUUUAUUGCUCAAGUGAAGUAACAAUUUACCAGUACAUGUAAAUUCUGUUUUGAGCAACUCAGCCUUCAGAAGACAAAACUAACCUACAUGAUUUUGUUUGUUUGUUUUCCUUCUUGUUAGGCAUUUCAAGCUUCUCUUUUUUCAGAUUUGGAUACCCAAUUGCCAUAUGAGGUAAUGAGUAUUUUUUGUUAAUCCUUUAACUCCCUUUAGUGACCAAGACAGAAUUUCUCCUUAAAUUAUCCAUGCAAUAUCAACCAGUUAGUGAUGAGAAUAAAGAAAGAGAUCAAUUUGGGGAUAAUUGAUUGAUCCAAUACUAAAUUUUCUGAACUAAUGUCACAAGAAAUGUAUGGUUGACAGUAAGGAGAAUUACAAAUUUGAUCUGGGAGUUGAAGGGUUAACAAUGUAGGCAUCGACUUUAAGUAGGGCAUGUAAGCCACACUGGCAAUUAAUCCUCUUAGGGAGAUCAGUGACAUAGGCAGAUAAGCCACACCCUGAGUUUAGCAAGUCUAAUUUUGGAGGAAAAAAAUUUUGAAAAAAGGAAGGAAAUCAUGAGGGGUUUCCUGAGAAAGUUGCUUUUUUUAGGUUGCUUCUCAAUAAUAUGGAAAAUAUAUAUAGUACUUUGAAUCUUUACCUAUAACUUAAGCAGCUGUAAUAGGAUGGACAUCAUAUGUACUGACAUACUCUUUUGUUUAAUCUUAAUCUGGUACUGUUUAACCAGUAUUUUUUUCAUUCCUGUCAGAUUUUCAAUUUAGUUUUACACAAAACUACAGGAGAUCUUUAGUUUGUCUGUUGGUUUGUUUGUAGCUUAGUAGCCAGAGGUUUGAUUAGGAGAAGGGAUAAGGUUUGCUUUAUAAAUUAACUUCUCAGCAGCUGUAUCUUUCCAUCCAAGUUGGUCAUCAUGUUGUGUUCUUGAGCAGUGUUCUCUAGGAGUGCUCCACCAGGAGUUGAAAUGGGUACCAAAAACCUUCUAAGGAAACUUGGAGAAUUCCUUGGAAGUUUCCUCCAAAGGAAAAGCCUUCCAUCUAGAGAGAGAUGGAAGAUUACCUCUAAAGGCUACAGCAGCUAGUGGUCAGAUUUAACCUUUUUUUAAUUUUUUUAUUGCAGGCAAAGUGGUGCUUCAAAGAUCUGACCUUCAACAGAGAAUUGAUGGCAGCAGUUCAAGGCCAGGUAAGUACUUUUCACUGCAGGAAAUAUUGUUAAGCAUUUUAUCAUUAAAUUUUUUUCCAUUUUCCAUUGUCACCAGGACAAAGACUGAUUCGCAAACAAUUCAUUUCUGGCACUUGUUUUUAAAUUAAGCUUAGUCAAAUUGAUUGCAGCGUGAAAAAAGGCAUAGUUUUAUUCAUGCUACUCUUUGCCAGUGUAAACUCCACUGUUUUUCUCUUCAGGAAAUACAUUUUGGAAGCAUCAUAUGGCUUUUGGCCUUUGAAUGUGAAUAACUCCUUGUGUAGCACUUCUUAAGGACAAGGGCAUGUCAGUAAUAUCUGUCCUCAGCAUUCAUUUUUCAGAAGGGUAGUGUGUAAAGCUUCCAUUAAAAGCUGGAGGCCAGUAUGAACUUCUGGGCAGCCUACCAUCUUUGGGUGGCUACUUUCACCUCAGUUUACUCUACAUUUAAUAUACAUGUAAUUGCUGGUGAAACAUCAAGCACAAUUACUUACAGGUUGUAUCUUUGUUCAUUCAUUUUUAUUAUUCAACAGGUCACUGAUAAGAAUGGCACUGUGAUCUAUCAUGUGUUGUUGUCUACUUGUGGGGACAAUUCUGUGUGUAUCAACAGCAAAGUGGCUCAAUUAGGUUUGUUAGGAUAGAUUUUCUGCUUCUCUAAAAUGAAUUAAAAGGUUAUGUAAGUUUCCCUGACCAUGCAAAAGGGUCUUUAACUUCGUCUCUCAGAGCACCCUGACACUCUCAUAAGUAAAACAGCAGUUUGAAAAAUCAGUUCUGUGAUACAAGAGGUUUUUUAAGUUUAUGCUCCUUGAAAUAAAUUGUUGAGGAAACGUAUCAAAAACUUUAGCAAGAUCCAACUAGGAAAGAAUAAAGGAGGUACUGUUCCUAAAUAAACCUUGCAUGGUAACUCCUCAAAUGUUAGUGUAGUAAUUCUAUUUUGCUAGAGUUUGAAGUGUAGUUUUUUUGUUGUAUUCAUCAUUUUAGUGGAUGAGCAAAAGCUUGCAGUAGAGGUGAGAGUAUAAACACAUGCAUGUGCAUUGAAUUUUCCCACAUAAUGUCAACAAAUAGAAGAUAGUAUAUGUACAAUUUUGUUUUAUUUACUUUAUAUUACUAUUACAGUUUUAUUACCUCCAGUUAGUAAUGCAGACUGUCAAUUUUGUUCCUUUCCCUGGGAAUUGAGAGGUUCACCAUGAUAGAGUGGUAAACAGUCUCAAACAUGCCAAUUAAAGGCUGCUUUACCUUUUUUUUUUUUCAAAUUAACUAUGAGAUUAAAUAAAUUUAGACAGACAAUCAAAAAGUACUUAUAUGCAAUUAGUGGAAUUGGUUUUUUUCCAUUGACCCACUUUUCAUGCCCAUGUAGUCCUGGUAAUUGUUCAUUUGUAUGAAGGCAGAGCUCUUACAAGAAUUGUGUAUCAGCGGUAGAUUUGAUGGCUCGUUUGUAAUUGAUUGUCUUGCUUCAGAACCGUCCUGUUCAGCCAAGAGAAGCAAAGGCAGAUGCCGAAGCACCUGUAGUUCAAAUCAAUCCCAAUAUAGCACAGACUGCAGACAGUGGGGCAGCAUGCAAUGCUGCUCAAGAGAUGGACAAUGAACAUGCUGUGUCCGUUGUAGGGAAAAUGGCAAAGAUAGUCAGUGAGGACAGUGUUUCUGAUGAGAAUACCACCUGUAAAGACAAAAUUUCGGUUGAUGCCAAUAGCAAAAAGGAAGGCAGGCAAGCACUUCGUCCGGAAGCUGAGGAGUUUGUCCCUCUAUCCCCAGAAAGGGUUAAAGUGUCAGACAAGUUAUCUGCUCAGCCUGCAUCUAAACAAGCCAGAAUCCCUGGUAUACUGCACCUUCCUGCGCAAGGUUCAUUUUCCAAAGCGUUGUUUGCGCCUGAGAGUAAGGUCGAUAAUGUACCCAGUUCUGACCACCUGCCCAAUGAAAUGCAAGCAUCUGAGCUCCAAGCCAAAGAUGUGCCUGUGUAUGACCAUCAGGAGAAUCAGAUGUUAGGGCUCAAGGAUGUAGCUGAAAACGUUGCAGGUUUUGAAAGCCAAAACGUCCUUACUCCUGAACACUCAGUCAAGGAAAUUUCUCCCUAUGAGGGCGCAGCUACAAAGUUACAGACCUUUGAGCAUCAGGUCAGCGAUGUGCCUGCUUCUGUGCUUGUGGUCAAUAAAGCAUCUGUCUCAAGGCAUCUGGAAGAAGGAGGCACUAAAGUGUUUCCAAUCGAGCAUUAUCGCAACACAGUGCCAGAUAACCACUUACCUGUUGGCGGUGUUGAUGUGGCAAUGUACAACUACAUCUUGAACAAAUGCUCUGUGAAUAUGAUUGGCAUGGAGGAACUAACAUAUGCUCGUUUUGUAAUGAUCAAAUCAGACCCCAGGCGAAUCAUCGAAGCCAUGAAGUUUGAUGUUUGGUGUUCGAAUAUGAAAACCAACAGAAGCUUAAAUAUUGCCUUCAAUAGUGUGAGAAAUGGAGGCGGCAGGGGUUCAGUGUUCCUCCUGUUUGCAGGACAUAAAUUCGUCAACUUCUGCGGUUUGGCUGAAAUGUUAACGUCUGUUGACCCGACACAGAGCUGUCCUAUGCUUAAUGAGCCAUUUAAAUUUGGUGGAAAGAUGAUCGGGAGAUGCGACAUUAGGUGGAUAUAUGUAAACAACCUUCAAUUUAAGGAUAUAAAGUUUAAACCUGAAAGUCGUUUCUCUGUCAGAUAUCUCAUGGAUGCUGCAGACGGCUUGGAAAUUGCUAAUGAUGUGGGACGGAGCAUUGUGAAGGCUUAUGAAAGUAUCACUUACUUCAACUCUAUUUUGCAACAUGCUAUCAAAACUCACCAGUCAUACUUAGAUAAUCAAAAAGAGAAACAGCCAAGGAGUGAUACUGAGCUGCCUUGGUGGAAAGUUACCAGAGAAGAGUUGAGCGAUGAUUCACCAGCAUCUCAAGAAGACUGGGACCAAGAAGUAAGUACAUACAUGUACUUAAACAUGAGUGGCUUGCACUGCCUAAAGUGCUCAAAACGCUGGAAAAGGGACAACAUGUUUGGCUAGGAUAAUGUUUCUUUUAUUUGGACCGACUUACAAAUUGUUGUUUCUUUUGUCCGGUUCACUUAUUACUUGAGACUUUCAUGUAGUUUAGCCUCUUUGACCGUAUGGACAUGCAUGUACAAGCAGCGAACUAGACGUCGUAGGAUAAUAAAAAUCUGUAACUUAACGCUCUUUACCUCUUUAAUAAUGCCAUUACAGAAACUCAGACUACUUACUCGCACAAAUGAGUAGAAUACGGACAUUCUCUAACUUCGGGAUCAUCAAGAGUCGAGUGCUUCUCUCUCGAGUGACAAACUGUCAUCAUAAAAUGUCUGUCUAGUUUUUUUUUUCACAUGUUUACUUUUUUUCCCAAAUGCAAAAUGGACUAUCAAAAGAACAAGACUGUAUAGAAUGGUGCCAGCCUUGAAUAAAUUUUUGUUGGGAAUUGAACUUUUAGUAACAAAUUUCUGUGAUAAAUUUCUAAGGUCUUGUUUUUAUGAACUUGUUUUCCGUUGUACUGUCUAACUCACCACAAGCACCCUAUAGUUCGGUAGUAGGGAUUGGUAAUGCCGAGAAAACUGGUUUGAUUCCAAACACUUAGAGUUUUUGUUUGUGUCAUUAUAGACUAAGGCUCAUUAUUGUACUUUCUUAUCAGAUUGAAGACAACCUGAAAACUUCUGAAAGGUCAGGUACUGAUAAAGACAAAACAGAUGCAUCUGCUGAGUUUCACAGCAGUGGCUGUGAAAACUUGUCUAUCGAUGCCACACAUAUCAGUGAUGAUGGACUUAGUCAUGCUCUUGACAGUCACCAGGGUGCUGAUCAAAUCGAAAUUGGGAAGGACGCCAUCUCUACUGAUAAGGAACCUGAUGGCAGUAUUAAAAAUAAAGACAUUGCAGUGGUCAAUGAUCUAACCUCUCAGUCCUUGAAAAGUGAAGAGGAAAUUCCCACGGAAAACAGGGACUCGUUAAGUAAAAACAACAAUCGUGCUCACUUUCAAUCCAGUGUCAAGAAUCGUUCCUCUUCCGAGAAAAGUCUUGCUGAGGAAACGGCUGAAGUUCCCGGUGACCCAACUGAUUGGGCAAGUAAAACGCCUUCCAAGGCAAGUCUUGAGGAAGCAGAAACUGUCCCGUCCAAUGAUGGGAGUGACUGGGAGACUAGAACGCCUUCCAAAACAAGUCUUGAAGAAGCGGAAACUGUCCCAUCCUAUGAUGGAAGCGACUGGGAGACUAGAACGCCUUCUAAAACAAGUCUUAAAGAAGCGGAAACUGUCCCGUCUAAUGAUGGAAGUGACUGGGAGACUACAACGCCUUCCAGAACAAGUCUUAAAGGAGCGGAAACUGUCCCGUCUAGUGAUGGAAGUGACUGGGAGACUAGAACGCCUUCCAAAACAAGUCUUGAAGAAGCGGAAACUGUCCCAUCCCAUGAUGGAAGUGACUGGGAGACUAGAACGCCUUCUAAAACAAGUCUUAAACAAGCGGAAACUGUACCGUCUAAUGAUGGAAGUGACUGGGAGACUACAACGCCUUCCAGAACAAGUCUUAAAGGUUCGGAAACUGUCCCGUCUAAUGAUGGAAGCGACUGGGAGACUACAACGCCUUCCAAAACAAGUCUUAAAGAAGCGGAAACUGUCCCGUCUAAUGAUGGAAGUGACUGGGAGACUAGAACGCCUUCCAAAACAAGUCUUGAAGAAGUGAAAACUGUCCCGUCGACUGAUGGAAGUGACUGGGAGACUAGAACGCCUUCAAAAACAAGUCUCAUAGAAGGUAAAACUGUUCUUUCCAAUGAUGGGAGUGAUUGGGAGGUUAGAAAACCCUCCGAAACAAGUCUUGAGAGGAAUGUAGGAGGACCAAACAGUACGUCAAGUUCUCUUUCCAAGACUUGCGUUGAAACUGAAACAGCAGUUAAGUCCUCUGCUAUACGUUCUCUGGAAACAUCACCCAUGACAGGUGAAAGAGUUAAUACAUUGGCACCACCAAGUGCCACAAGUGACUUGGAUAAGACUCUUCCCCAAGAACAAACAGAAGUUGUGCCAUCUAUGUCCAGAACAAGUCUUGACGAAGAAUCAGCAUCUCAGUUCGCAGGUGGGAGUGACUGGGAGACUGGCACUCCUUCUAAAACAAGUCUUGUUGAAGGAACUGCGGUCGGGCCCUCUGGCGAGAGUGACUGGGAAACUGGAACACCCUCCAAAACAAGUCUUGACACAGACUCAUUAGCCCAGCCGCUGCCCUUUAGCGAAGGCAAUGAAGAGACUCAUUUCAAAAACAGCCUUAAGGACGAAAUGGCAGAGUACCCCGGUGGUUCAAGUGAUCUGGAACCUGGAGGACCCACCAAUUCGAUUCUGAUUCAGACAACCUCCGCGGCUAAUGGUGAGAAGAGUUUUUUCAUGAUAUCAAUUUCUUUUGUUUCAAGAAUGAAAUUAAUUCUAGGAAAUGCAGUGCGUUCAGUUCGUUAUGUUCCUUUGGGCUCGUGUGGUGAAGGGUUAUCCAUUGCUUCAAGAACGGUUUGUGGAGUGUACCAUAGAGUUUUGAUGUUAACCAUGAUGUCGUAAUUCAUGUAUGCUUUACGGGCCUUCUUUCUUAAACUCAAUUACUCACUCACAGCUGACGACGAUAAUGGGUAGUGUACUGACAGUGCUUUACCCACAAAAAAAAUUACAUCACACGAGCUUCUUGCGCACAAGCUUCAACAAUAUUUGAAGCAACUAGAGAUAUGGGCCGGGUUGUUCAAAGCUGGGUUAAGAUAACCCAGGGUUAGUAUAAAAUUUUAUUUAAGAUCUGAAAGCUUGAAGAAAAAAUUCAGCUUAAAUAUUUUUGUCUUCAAUUUGUUGAUUGAAUGCUCUGAAAAUAAAUGGAGAAAAUUAUCCUCAAACAGCUUUUGAACAGAGAAAAAUAGAAACCUAGAUUGAAAUUUAACCCUGGGUUAGCGCUAAUCGGCUUUCGAACAACUGAGCCAUGAUUAUUAGUCGUGGAAGGUGAUGAGCGAUGGGUCAAACAAACGUUUUUACCUUUCCUUUCUAAAAUUUUUCUUUUUAAAUGUGUUGGAUCUCAUUUCAUAGUCACAGCCUUGUGGUUUUUUAAAAUGAAUUUUUAAAUUUUAUAACAAAUAUCUUUCUACUUAACAAAUAGGUUAUUCGCUCUCGAUUUCUGUCGUGUUCUAGGAAUCGAGAGCUAUUAAUCUAAUCUAAACCUAAGCGUUCUUCUUAACAAAACGGGAGAGUGUCAUAUCUUUAUUUUGUUUUACACCUGCACACAUGUUAGGCUACUCAAUAUGUAUCACGGAAUAGUUAAAGAGUUGCAUAGCCUUCUAAAUUGAAGUAAUUGUGAUAAAACGCUAAAACUGCAUAUCAUUUCCUUUUUUGCCUUUUUUUGCAUCAUUGCUGUCAAGCUGCACGCUUGAGGCAUAUGUCGCCUUCACCGGCAACACGGUAAUUGGUAUUAAAUAAAUGUAACUGUGCAUCAAUAAUUAGUUUUUUACUAUCGCAGGCAGGUCAGAUGACGCACCAGGCAUUGCAGGAAUGACUGAUAGCGACUCGUGUCUAGAAGUGGCCUCAGGGUGCUUGUUAUCACCAGAACUACUGUCUCAAGAGAGCUCAGAGGAAUUAGUGAUAUCUGACUACGUACCCCUUGAGAUAGGUUUGGAAGUCACAGCCUUGUAACUUUUUACAUGAGUUUUAAAAUUUUAAACAGGCCUGAGAGUACCACUCUUGUCGUAAACAUAGGCGUAUGGGCAUCUUCGGACCGAGGAAGGAGGGGGGGGGGUGUGAGAGUUUGGCAAAUACCUCAAUACCCGAGAAAGUGUUAUACGUGGAAAGCCCAUCAAAGAAGCUCAUAGGAUUGAUAUGUGCCACUUUUCAAUGCGAAACGAUUGCAUCUGAACUAGGAAAAAAAGAAUUGUUUCCUAGAUAUAUGUUUAUACGUUUUAUCUUUAUUGUAGGAAAAGAACAUUCUAUUAUAGUUCAAGAGAACUUGACAGACGGUGGCACUUUUUGGGCUAAAGUUACUCGGGCAAGGAAGGAGGAAGAUGCCUUCGUGGAUGCCAUGGUGCGCAUGGGGUAAGCAUUUUCCGUGCUAGGGUUUUUCAAACGCGUCCAUGCAGUUCUGUGUUUCGUUCCGUGUCUCAGGGAGUAGCGUCUUUCCUAUUUCCCAAGCCUUCUUCGGACGCCCAUGCGAAAAUGAGUUCAAAGGAAUGACGGAGCACCACACGAAAUGCGCGCAGCAUUAUUCACGAAAGAUAUGUAGGGUCUUAAGUAGAUGAUUCCCCUUUCAAUAGAGGUUUAUGUGGAGGAGUCAGUCUCCUGGCUUUCUCGUCUCUUGAUCGAGUUCGUUUAGCAGUGAAAGAGUGUUAUUAAUGAAGCAGCUAUUUUCUGACAGGACCCACAUAGAAGCCAGAAACAAAACCCUUGAUCCAAGUGAGAUAUUUAUAUACAAGCAGUGUGCCGUGAAAGGCCGAGAUGGACACUGGUACCGAGCUCUUGUAGAGAAAACUCUGGACAAGGGGAAGGUAAAUUGGUUUUCCUGUUUAAGUCUUGAUUUGUAACGGACAAUUUGAAUAGCUGCAAGGUGAGAAAAAAAAAAAUUUUCUAGAAAAUUACCUAUUUAUUUGUUAUCUUCAGAUUUGCGUUCGACUUCUGGACAUUGGUGAUGUGUGGGAAGUGAAUCAAAGAGCACUGAGGGUGCUUGAUGAUAAGUUUUACACGUCUCCUCCUGCACAGGUCAGUCAUGGACAUGUUGCAUAUUUGUUUUGUUAGAGCAAAUAUGAAGGGGCUGUGUUGACAAGAUACGGUGUGCAAUUUACUCAAAUUGGAAACUGCACACAAAAAUAUAUUUAGAAUUAAUUUACUAAAUUUACACAAAAAAAAUACCUAGAAUUAAUAUACUAAAUAACCGUUUCGUUUUUUCUUAUAUCCACUUAAGGCUUUUGAGUGCUGCAUAGUGUACUCAAAUUCUGCUAACAAGAAGGUACGAGACAUUUUUUGUUAUUUAACGUUUUGUAAAGGUAGCUAGGUGAGUAGCGGUCCAUGGGGCAACGUUAAAUUACUGAAAAUCUUAAAAGGCUUUUGUUGUCAGAAGAUGACGCUCUUAGUUCUCUUAUUGCUCGUUCGUAAUAGAACUGACCUGCAUCGCCACUCCGUAGAUCUGUUAUUUUCGGCUUCAUUCGAAUGCAUUCGGCUGGACAAGUUGUAUUCGACUGCGUUCGGGGCUAUUGGUGUGUCCCAAAUCGGCUGUUUUCGGCUACUUCGUCUUCUAACUAGGUGAUGAUGUGGCCAUUGAGCUGUUUUCAUUUCUUUUUAGGAAAAAAGUCGAAUCGCCAAACUCGUGAGAAGAAACAAAAAGCUCCAAGUUUUGGUGGUAAGUGUCGUUUUCGUCUUGUGGUAUUUCCUUUUGUUGGUUUUAUAAAACCAAAUUCUGAAUAUGAAAACCUUACUCCUUUUUUUUUCUCUUUGAGCAGAAAGGUUACAGUGCGGGUACUGUUGAAGUUCAAAUUCUGUCGUAAACAAGAUGAUUCUUAUUUAUCAGGUAUGUUUAUGAAGCAAUUCAUUUUUUUCUAUUUUGAACUUUUGAGGGUUCAAAAUAGAGCGCUUUUAAAUUAGAUGUCGUCAAACCGAAACCAAAGCAAUCACAACGACUAAACUAAUCGCAGGUAGCGGGGAGCCAAGGGGAUCUCUUAGUACGAACAAGAAACUGUCUUGAGCUCGAGAAAACGCAGAUCGCAGGUAGCUAGAAGCCAGGGAAAAUUCUUAGUACGAGCAAAAAAACUGUCUUGAGGGCGAGAAAACGCAGAUCGCAGGUAGCUGGGAGCCAAGGGGAACUCUUAGUACGAACAAGAAACUGUCUUGAGCGCGAGGAAACGCAGAUCGCAGGUAGCCAGAAGCCAACGAAAACUCUUAGUACGAGCAAGAAACUGCCCUGAGCGCGAGAAAACGCAAGGGGUGAUUUCAAGGUUGGUUUGAAUUUGAUUCUGGUGACCCGUAUUUGCUAAUUGUAUCCUAAAAUAACGCAUAAGCCAUUACAAAAUAAUUUGGUUUUUAUCAACUUAGCCCAUCGCCAGAGAGAAUGAGGAUGGUCUAACGAUUGGAAUGUCGACUCUAAAAACUCUUUACGGUGGCCUAUUUGCAUGAUCAACUCUGUUGCUAAAACCAAAUUGUUUUGUAAUAUCCCCCAGAGACGUAGCACCACAGUUUCUUUAGAGUCAUUCUUCCUUUAGGCACCAGCUAUUAGCUGAGGCGAAAACCGCCUCCCAGCUCCGUAAAUUCAGUUAGUGUCUCUUGGUUUUCUUAAAACGUUUGUUACCCGAGCGUUCUUAAUAUAUUCGGCUCCAUUGACAAUGGUGUUUGUUUUUUUUCCCUUUCAGAUUAUUUUAUUGAACUUUGAUGUCCCAAACUGUCGUGGUUCUUUUUGUCUUGGAUAUAUAUCUAAUGUUCAUGCAAAUGUUGAAUACUUUUAUACGCUCUCAGAACUUCCUUUAGAUUUCUUACUUGCGAGAUGACAGAUUUACCAAUAGACAUUCUUUUUGGUACUUAAUAUAUAGUGAAUUUUCUUGAGAAAAUUCUUUGAUGUUUUGCCAAGUUAUUUAUUGUAACGAUUGUAAAUAAUAAAGCUGCUUUCGUUUUUUCAGUUU